GAAAAAAAACAAUUAGUUUAUGAAACAAGUUUGACAAAGAAUCAGAUUGAGUAUACUGAUAUGGAUGAAAGAUUUUAUGAAUUUUCUAAUGAGAUAUUAGAUUUUCUUGGGUCUGAUACUUUCUUACCUAUGUUAGAUGAAAUUGAUCCUAUUGCUGUUUCAAAUAAUCUUUG